CAGGGGCCGGGCCGGGGCCGGGCCGGAAGCGGCGGGGUUAAAGCGCCGAGCAGCGCCGCGGCCGCUCCCGGGCAUCCCCGCCGCUCCCACCGCGCAUCACGCCUGCUAUGGAUGCGCGGGCCCGCGCCAAGCGCUACGAGAAGCUCGACUUCCUUGGGGAGGGGCAGUUCGCCACCGUUUUUAAAGCCAAGGACAAAACGAACAACCGAAUCGUGGCUAUUAAGAAGAUUAAACUGGGUCAUAGAUCAGAAGCUAAAGAUGGAAUCAACAGGACUGCCCUCAGGGAGAUAAAACUGUUACAGGAGCUAAGCCAUCCAAAUAUUAUUGGUCUUAUUGAUGCAUUUGGACACAAGUCUAAUAUUAGUCUGGUGUUUGAUUUUAUGGAAACAGAUUUAGAGGUUAUUAUAAAGGAUACAAGUAUUGUGCUGACACAGUCUCACAUCAAGGCAUAUAUGCUGAUGACACUUCAAGGAUUAGAAUAUUUACAUCAGCAUUGGAUUCUACACAGGGAUCUUAAACCAAAUAACUUGUUGCUAGAUGAAAAUGGAGUUCUAAAAUUGGCUGACUUUGGCUUGGCAAAAUCUUUUGGAAGCCCAAACAGAGUUUAUACACACCAGGUAGUAACAAGGUGGUACCGAGCUCCAGAACUAUUGUUUGGGGCUAGAAUGUAUGGUGUUGGUGUUGAUAUGUGGGCUGUUGGUUGUAUUUUAGCCGAAUUGCUCCUCAGAGUUCCUUUUUUGCCUGGAGACUCUGAUCUUGACCAGCUGACAAGGAUAUUUGAAACACUGGGCACUCCAACAGAAGAACAAUGGCCUGGGAUGACAAGUCUUCCAGAUUAUGUCACAUUUAAGCCAUUCCCUGGAAUGCCACUUCAGCAUAUCUUCAGUGCAGCUGGUGAUGAUCUGCUCAGUCUUCUUCAAGGCUUUUUCACGUUUAAUCCUUCCACUAGAGUAACAGCUACUCAGGCAUUGAAACAGAAGUAUUUCAGUAACCGACCAGGACCCACUCCAGGAAAUCAGCUGCCAAGACCCAACUGUCCUGCUGAAGCUGCAAAGGAGCAACAAAAUGCACUUUUAAAUUUAAAAAGGAAAAGAACAGAAGGAAUAGAUCAAGGUAACUUCGUAUUAUGUCACCACUUUUAAAUAGGAGUUAUGUGCUCAGGGAGAAUGGGAUGCUUCCAGUGUUUUAGAAACAAAACUCUCAAAAUGAACUAAUUCCCUGAGCACUGGCUGAAGCCCUUUAAUGAUAUAUGGUUUGGAGUCAGAAUUACUAAUACCUGUGUUCUAACAGAAUUAGCACAGAAAAGACUGAUGCUUAAGAGUCUAUUAGAAGAAAUAACCGUAUUCCAUUAAUUCUGUAAUGGAGAGUGGUACUCUCCAGUAAAUUAUAGGCUAUUAUUGUAGCUCUCGCACGCUGCGGUCACUUGGGGCGAAGGGACGCCGGCUAGCUACUCCCUGGAUGGCCGCAGAGGGUGCUACAAGACUGGCCACUCCCAGGCUCUCACUGAGACUGCCCAGGUAGCGGUGACAGUUGCGGCGUGGGUGUCGCAGGCUGGUGUGAGGUACGAGGUCCCGAGAUAAAGGAACGAAAGAAGGAACACUUGUGUAGGUUCCAAGGAAACUUUAUUCCAAGGAGGGUCAGGGGAGAAGGGUCUGGCUAACUCUUAUAAAGAGAGUGGGCGUGGGGGGAAGAGACAUGAGGGAACCAAUAGGUGAAGGCAAAAGAAGGCUUAUGUAACACAAAAGGCCCAAUGAGAAACACAUGGGGGAGGGAGGAAGCCUUGAGGACAAAUCAGGAGCUAUACUGGGGAUGAGUGACAUGGAAGUCUCUCAAAAAAAGGAGGGGGGUCACAAUGACAGACAGGGGCAGGAGGCAGCACCAUGGGGAUUGACACAACCAUAUGAGGGCAUGAAGGGAGGAACAAGGCAUCACUCACUUUGAUGAGCAGGCCAGUGGCGGGAAAAACAGGGGAAAAACAACUUUGGAACAAACCAUCGUGAGGGGUUUACAUGGGGGGGAAAAGGAACAAACCAUUUCUUAAACUAAUAAAGAAGAAUUAAUUUUCACAACAACUUCAACUUAAAACACGCAACACCACAUAUUAUGAUGAACUUUUUUUUUUUUUUUUCUGAGACAUCUUAGGUGGAAGUAAUUUAACUUUACACCACUUAAGAAAAGGGAGAGAGGGAGUCUGAGACGUAACAUGAUAUUCUGUGAAAUGACAGGCUGGAGAGGAUAGAUCAGAUUCAGAGGAGAGAUUUUUGCUUACUCUGUCUUAAGGUAUGGAAGUUAACUUUUAAGACCACUCUGGGUCAAGAACAUUAAGCACAUUUCUGUGACCCACCUCCAGUCUUCUCCAGACAGCAGGUAUUUCAUACCUUUGUGGCAACACAAGUGCUUAGUACUCAAGAACUGUAUCUGACACUAAAUUACUCAGGCCUUCUAUUAGGGAGGCAAAUACUAUUUCUAAACUAGGAGUUGGUCUUCUUAACAUCUGCAAUAUGCUAGAUAGCAUCUGUCAGGUUAGCAUCAGCUCUUUGUUAUUGCCGGUAUGAGACUCAGUUUUAAUAUGACUGAUAUUUUUUUGAAUGGAGCUACUUCAAUAAAACUAUUUUCUCUUGAGUUCAGAGAGAAAUCUCCCCACGGUUCACCUUGCUUUUUAGGCAUUUUGAAUUGUUGUUUCUAAGUCUUCAUCAAAUUAGAAGUAAAAUACAUUUGGUUCACUACUGUAAGUUUUCAGUCUCAAAAACAAGAGUGAUCAGUUGCACACUGUUUCCUGACCCCAGUACCAUGGGUCUCCUGGCUUGUGGGAAUUUGUCAAGUUACAAUAGCAUAGACAAUUAAUUUAAGCAUUUUAGCUCCUCUUCCAAAGAUCAUGUGAGGGUUUGUGAUAAGUGUUUGGGGGUAUAUGCCCUAAAAUACACCUGUUAACUAAAGGAUGUGAAAAAGAGAGAAAUGCCUUCUUGAGUUCUGUGACUUAAUGAUUUGAAUUUGUGCAUUUGACAAAGAGCAGAGUUUCCAGAGUUGUAUCAAGUUAGAACAACAGUUGCUUUGACAUCUUUCCAUGCUUCUGUGUAAAUGCUUGGAGUUUUGAGAUUGGCUAGAAAUGAGGCAGUAAGGUAGUCAGCAUUACUUUUUGGGACCUUUGAGUAUUGGUAUAAAAAGCAAUAUAAUUUCUACCAGCUGGAAAUGGAGACAUGAUGUAUUUUCUAAUGUGGAUUUUCCAUAAGGUUCUGUUACUGCCUUAGCUGGGCUGACAGAUCUAGAAGGCUUCUAUCCAAAGGUAGUUCCUCUAGUGCCAGCAAAUGUUAAAGGAGAGAGCCAAUGAUAGAGCUAGCAAAUCUGCUGUCCUGGAUUUCAUUUGCUCUUCUUACAUGGCAUUACCAUUUAAAUUUAAAAUCUGAAUAGUGAUUUGGAAGAAUAAUCCUCUAGUAUUGGUUUAAAUAAAAACUUGAAGGACAACAUUGCUGUAGGGGGUGGAAAUGUGUGAGUGUAAUUUCCAAGAAAAAUAAGUUGUAUUCCCUAAAAUUCUUAGAAAGGCCCUGCAUCCUGCAGAGCACAUUUCUUUCCCCUAGCCCUGUUGAGGUAGCACUCCAGAACUUGGCAGAAUAAACUGAGUGCUUGCUUCCUCUUCAAAAAUACUGGCACCAGGAGCUGACUGCUGGGAUAAAGAUUCAUGACAUUGCCGUAUGUGCUGCUUUUCCGCAAGAACAAAUCCCUGAAGCCUGUGAGGUGUGUUCACCAAAUCUAAGUAAUUCUUAGAAAACAGCCUCUAUUCUCAGGGGAAGACUAC